AUGAGUGAUGCUUCACAGGACGCUGUGGAGGCUUUCCUGCGUUUUCUUUACAUGGGUUCUGUGGGCGAACACCUCUCGGACGCCAGCUUGUGGGGAGGCAUCUUGGUGCUGGCAGACAUGUACGAUGUCAAUGACCUGCUUUGCGUCUCCCAGGCGAAGGUCUUGGAGACAGUCAACUCCGAGCAUGUGGUCCAGUUGUUGAAAUUGCUUCGCCGCUACGAAGCACAUGCCCACAUAUGUUCGACAUUGCGUGAACUGAAGGAGCAUGUCCAUCAAACUGAAAGUUUGCGGCGUGCUGUUACAGAUUCUGCAAUCAGCGAGCUCUAA